GAAAUAUCGUAUUAUCAACUUGGAAACAGUUGAACUGCAAAAUAGUUUCAGGACAAUGGACAAACUGGGAUUAGGCUGCCCCUUCUCCUUCCUGGUCGGAAGACCGCAGAGUAUGAGUGGGGGACCCGGUUUCCUGGAUCUCAACUACGACUGCUACCAUCAGAUAUUUUCAUAUAUAAAUGUGCUGGAGGACCAGCUAAAUCUGGGCCGGGCCCAUCCACUAUUCCAGGUUGUACUGACGGACAUUUUGCGAACGCGCCACAAAAAAAUCAAUGUGCGGCUUCUGAAAACCAUUCCGGACUGGGAGUUCCUGCUGCAGCUGUGCGGUUCCGAAGUGUCCAGGUGCGAAGUGCCCCAUGGUAGCUGGGAUGAGCCGUUUACCUACCCCUUUCUGGGGCUCCUGGGACGGCACUGCCCCAAACUGCGACAGGCAGUCAUCAUAUUUAUGCACGCCGUUACAGAGUCGCCGCCGAAAAGUGGGGACAGGGGCCACAUCAUGCAGCUCCUCCUGGAGCUACCCAGUCUAACCAAUCUCACUCUGAUCGAUGCCAGAUCUGCACAGCUAGAUCAAUUGCGGCACUUCAGUAAACUGGAGGCCUUGGACUUGGAUGGAAUCGACCCAAACCUCAGCAACGCCUCCUUCCAACAAAUGUUUGAAAGUAUGGCUUCCCUGAAGCGACUGCUUCUCAAUUUCGGACCGGAUCGCAGGAGAUCUCACCAGGUCCCGUUGUUGGCAGAUAAGUUUCCCAACUUGGAUCACCUUACUCUCGAAAACUUUGAUAUGAGCUUCCCGGAGUUGGGUGAAUUUAAAGGUCUCCGAUCCCUGCGCCUAAUCUCACGUUGGACAGCAGAAGUGGACAACGACUUUUAUAGGUCGGUGGCCAAAAGAGUUAGUAACCUCCAAAAGCUACAGCUCAUAUCCGUCCGCGUUAGAGGUGACCAAGUGCAUCACAUCCUGGCGAUUAGGCAACUCAACGCUCUGGACUGUGAUAACUGGCCAGCUCAAUCGGUGUCCCAGUUGGGCCAGUUGAAAGAUCUCGAGUGCCUGGCCCUGGAUUGCAUUGACUCACCUGCAAACCCAAGUCGCCAACUUAUGUUGCUAGUACAAAAUUGCUAUAACCUAAAUCAUCUGAGAUUGGGAAAACAUUGGAAGAUGCCUAUCGAGGAUGUAAAUCAAUUUUUGGACAAUGUGGCUGAUGCAGGAGCGGAUCGGAAAGACCGGCUUUUGCUAACGCUCGAUUUCAUUAAGACACCGGAUACUCGGAAAAAGUUCACAGAUAAGUUCAGGAAUGAUAAACACUUGCAAGUGAGUUUUGAUGGAGCCACAUGUCAUCACUGUCAGCGGGAUACCUACUCUAAGUGUGAUACUAUCUUUGACUAGUUUUACUUUAGCAAAAGACUCACCUCACAGUGCGACCUUUCGAUGGCAACAGUCAGUCUAAGAGUCCAAUCGUUGUAGGGGAUUCCCUUCCCCUCGAACUCAUCCUCCUUUAUUUUGUAAUCAUAAACAUCUUGAUCGGAACGAUUGGCCCAUCUGUGCCAGUCCAUGAUUAUUAAUGGCAUUGGAUGAACCGUUUCCAGACGAAAAUCAAACGCCGGGUGCCAAAAAAUACAAGUGGCAUGCGAGUCCGCGAAGAACUGCUGAGCUAACUAUAUUUUUUAAAAGGUUGUCCAUGCUGAACAAAAGGACAACAUACCAAAAAAACUAAGCACAGUGCUAAAGUAAUAUGACUCUACCAGCAAGUUUUCCAUUUCACAGAUUUUUUCCCUUGAAGUGUGCCUGAGGAAUUUAUAUUAUUUUCUGUGUGUAUUAUUAUUAUACAUAUACAUUCUGUUUUUGUAUAUAUAUAUAUAGUGCUUGGUAGCUCACCCUGUGAUGCACCCGACUAACAAAACUCCGCCGACGCAAAAUGACCGACGCGAAUGGAAGAAUAUUUCAUUUUAUAUAAGGAAAAAGAUUGCAUACGCUACUAAUACGUUUUCCAUGAAUUAUGUACAUAUUUAACAAAUUAGGAGCAUGCACCGGUAACCAAUAAAAGGCCUUGUAAAUCUGUU